AUGGAAGCGAAUAAUGACAUUCCAAUGAUUGCGGUUGAAAUGAAUCAAAGGGUAAACUCACAGAAGAAACGCACAUCCACGGUCACAUCAAAAAAUGGUGCCAACAUUAAAACCAAAAACGGAAACCUCGUUGCAAAGGAAGGACCCGGUGAAUAUUACAGUGAGAAAAUGGGAUCAAUUGCCCAUGUACUGAAGAAUAAUACAACACGACAAUCACUUUCGUCAAAUCAGAACAAGAUGAAGAAACGUUUCAAGUGCCAACUUUGCGAAUAUGCCAGCAAUUACAAGCAUGCCUUGAAUAGACACAUGCUAACUCACACUGGCGAGAAACCAUAUCAAUGUGAUAUUUGCCAAAAAGGAUUCAUCCAAGCAAAUUACAUGAAAAAGCACAAAGUUACACACAAAAAUGAAAUUCCGUUCCAUUGCCGAGGCUGUUUCACUGGAUUUUCCCAGAAGGUCGACCAAAAAACCCAUGAAAAAGUGUGCAAAACACGUCGAUAUGAAUGUCAUAUUUGUAAGAAGUUUUUCACUGUGGGUAAAUUUUCAUUGAAAGAGCAUAUGCGAAAGCACAACGGUGAAAAACCGUAUAGAUGUGAGAUUUGUAUGAAACGUUUUACGAAUAAAAGUAAUCUGAAAAGACAUUUGGAGAACAUCCACAUCUGA